GCGAGCGUUAGGCCUAGGCCCGGGAUCCCCGGUAGCGCUGAGAUGGGAGCUGCGGCCGCGGAGGCCGACCGCACUCUGUUUGUGGGCAACCUGGAGACGAAGGUGACAGAGGAGCUCCUCUUCGAGCUGUUCCACCAGAACUGCAAGGUUGGCCUUGAAUGAUCUCCUGCCUACACCUCUUGACUGCAGGGAUUACAGGCUGGACCAGUAAUAAGUGUGAAAAUUCCAAAAGACAAAGAAGGCAAACCAAAGCAGUUUGCGUUUGUGAAUUUCAAGCACGAAGUAUCUGUUCCUUAUGCAAUGAAUCUGCUCAAUGGAAUCAAACUUUUUGGGAGGCCCAUCAAAAUUCAGUUUAGAUCAGGAAGUAGUCAUGCCUCUCAGGAUGCCAGUGUAUCACACCCCCAGCAUCAUGUUGGAAACUCAAGUCCUUCCUCCACGUCUCCUAGCAGCAGAUACGAAAGGACUGUGGACAACAUGACUCCAUCAUCACAGACGGUUCAGAGAUCAUUUUCCACUCCAGAAAAUUACCAGAGACAAGCAAUGAUGAACAGUGUUUUGAGACAGAUGUCAUAUGGUGGGAAAUUUGGUUCUCUACAUGUGGAUCAGUUGGGAUUUUCACCAUCAGUUCAAACACACAAUCAAAAUUAUAACCAGUCUUCCAGCUCUCAGUGGCGCCAAGAUACACCAGCCUCACAGCGUAAAGUCAGACAGAAUUCUCAUCCCUACCUUGCGGACAGACACUAUAGCUGGGAGCAGCGUUACUCUGAUCAUGGGUCUGACUACCAUUACAGAGGAGGCAGAGAUGAUUUCUUCUAUGAAGACAGGAAUCAUGAUGGCUGGAACCAUGACUAUGAUAACAGAAGAGACAGCAGUAGAGAUGGAAAGUGGCAUCCAUCUCGACACUAACCCCCAUUUCAAGGACAUUGUCUCCCAGGCCCAUUUUAGGCCUUUUGACUAAGUUGGCUGGAAAUAUUUUUUAAAACUAUACAGAGUAGCUUCACAAUUUUCUACCUUUCUUUGAAAAAAAUUUAUAAGACCUAUAGCAGCUGUUUCAUACAGAAAUGAAAAGAAUUGUGGUUCCGGAUAUAUUACAUUAAUGGCCUUUUACCUAAGGGUUUAUGAAGAGGAAAGGGUUUUAUGCAAAAGAAAGUGCCACAAUUCUGAAUCAUUUCAGACUGUUUAGGAAAGAUGAAUUGUAUAGAUUGUAUUAUAAAGCAAGUAUUUUAAUUAUCUCCGAUCCUUUUGUAUUGCAAGGAAUUUCUCAUUAAUGAAUCAUUUUGGUGUGUAUAGUAGAAAACAUGCAAGUAGUCCGAAAUGGCUGUCUGCAUUUUGUUAAUAAAUGAGAAAAUAUAACUUCUCAGUGAUCCAGGUUCACAUUUUAUUUGAGAAAGCUUAUGGGUUAUAUUUGGGGAUAAAUCAUAUUGCCUGACUCAAGAGAAUUGAAUUAGAAUUCCAUGAUACGCUCUUUUGAAUUUUACCACAAUUGAACACAGUUCUAUACUAUUUGAUUCUAAACACUAGAAUUCUUUCACUAAAUCACAUUCGAUGU